CUAGUGCAUCCGAACGCCGCCAUGGCUCUGCGGCCGGAGGUCCUGGACGAGCUGCCAGCCGCCUGUCUGUCGCCGUGUGGACCGCCCAACCCUGCCGAGCUGUUCAGUGAGGCCCGGCGCUUGGCGCUCGAGGAGCUGGUGGCCGGCGGCCCCGGCGCCUUCGCGGCCUUCCUGCGUCGCGAGCGCCUGGGCCGCUUUUUGAACCCGGACGAGGUGCGCGCCAUCCUGAGCGCGGCUGAGCAGCCGGGGGAAGAGGGUGCGGCGGCCGAGGACUCCUUCGGCUCGUCGCACGACUGCUCGUCGGGCACCUACUUCCCGGAGCAGUCGGACCUGGAGCCGCCGCUGCUGGAGCUCGGCUGGCCCGCCUUCUACCAGGGUGCCUACCGCGGCGCCACGCGCGUCGAGGCGCACUUCCAGCCUCGCGGCGCGGGCGCCGGCGCCGGUGGCCCCUACGGCUGCAAGGACGCGCUGCGCCAGCAGCUGCGCUCCGCGCGAGAGGUGAUUGCAGUGGUAAUGGAUGUCUUUACAGACAUUGACAUCUUCAGAGACCUGCAGGAAAUAUGUAGGAAACAGGGAGUUGCUGUGUAUAUCCUUCUGGACCAGGCUCUACUUUCUCAAUUUUUGGAUAUGUGCAUGGAUCUGAAAGUUCAUCCGGAACAGGAAAAGCUGAUGACAGUUCGGACUAUUACGGGAAACAUCUACUAUGCAAGAUCAGGAACGAAAAUUGUUGGGAAGGUUCACGAAAAGUUCACAUUGAUUGACGGCAUUCGCGUGGCAACAGGCUCCUACAGUUUCACAUGGACGGAUGGCAAAUUGAACAGCAGUAACUUGGUAAUUCUAUCUGGCCAAGUGGUGGAACACUUUGACUUGGAGUUCCGAAUUCUCUAUGCCCAAUCAACGCCUAUCAGCCCCAAACUCCUGUCUAACUUCCAGAUCAGCAACAAGUUUGACUAUCUGGCUGACCAGAAACCACAGUCCAGGGAGCUCACGUUGGGCAACUUGCUGCGCAUGCGGCUGGCCAGACUCUCAAGUACACCCAGGAAGAGUGACCUGGACUCAGAGGUGCCCACCGAGCGCGAGGCGGAGACCAAGUGCCGCGACUCAGGGUCCUCCACCCUUAGUGAGGAAGACCACUUCAACAGCCACAAGAAUGAACCAGAGAGCAGAAAGUCUGCUGAUGUGGCCACACAAACAGAGCCAGGAGAGCAGGUGUGUGCAGUGCAUGUGGGAACACAAGUCAGCACUGUCAUGGCAUGUGCCGGGACCCAAGCCGCAGUCCCCACCAGGGGAGUGAGCUCCCAAACCAUGGUUUGGUCCAAGUCGGCCACCACUCAGACUGAUUCGGACGAGCACAUGCUCUUUACUCAGGGAACCCCAUCUAAAGAAGGGUCACCAGUCUCAAAAAUGUCUGUUUCGAGAUCUUCCAGUUUAAAGUCUUCUUCCUCCUUGUCUUCCCAAGGAUCCGUGGCAAGCUCCACAGGUUCCCACGCUUCCAUCAGAGCCACCGAUGUCCACAGUCCUGGAUAUCCCAAGUACUUGGGCACCCCCCACUUGGAUCUGUACUUGAGAGACUCCUUUAGAAACUUGAAUAAAGAGCGGCAGUUUCACUUUGCUGGUAUCAGGUCCCGGCUCAACAACAUGCUGGCCAUGUUGUCAAGGAGAACAUUCUUUACCGAAAACUACCUUGGUUUUAACUCUGGAAAUUUUAACAGAGCACCGGUUAAUUUGCUUGCUAUUAGAGAUAUAACACUUUAUCCUUCUUAUCAGUAACUGCUCAGGGCUCAGACUCCUGGGCUCAGCCAGGCUUGGCAUCAUCCAAGCUUCCUGCUUUAAAACGUGUGUCCCUAAUUGCCUUUCUUUCCCUUGACUUGUCUGAAUUCUGCACAUUAUUUUACAUGCUUCUGUUUUAUUUUUGUCAUGCACAAACCAGGUACUGGUUUUAUGGUUUAUGGGUAGGGUUUUUUGCACAGUUUUAGUACAGUCAUGCACUACAUAAUGAUGUGGUGGACCACAGAUACGGUGGUGCUCCCAUAAGAUUAUAAUACCAUAUUUUUACAAUACUUUUCUUAUGUUUUGUUUAUAGAUACAUAAAAUACCACUGUGUUACAGUUGCCUGUGGUAUUCGGCAUAAUAACACGCUGUCCAGGUUUAUGUCAUAAGGCCUAGGUGUGUAGAAUGUUAUGCCAUCCAGGUUUGUGUAAGGACACUUCAUGAUGCUCACACAACUACGGGAUGGGCUGAAGACACAUUUCUCAGAACUUAUCCCUGUCAAGUGACACGUGACUGUACUGAUGUCUCUUAAAGAGAAUAUUCAGGUGUUCUAAGGUCAAUUCAGGUAAGAGAUGGAAUAUAUUUUUUGAUGUAAUAAUUUUAUUACAACAAAAUGGAAUAAAAAUGUUACACACUCACUGGGGUUAUCCCAUUUUAUAACAUACAUUAUGUUUCCUAAAGUUACAGUGAACUCAAAAACAGUCCUGCACUGUCCUGUUGCUUCCCGUGAGGUCUCAGAACUACAGUUUCAUCAGACAUGAAAGUUCCCCCCCAAAAUUAUCAUGAAAACUGAACUUUCAUGGAGAACAUAGGUAAAGGAAAGGCCUUAGACGGUAAGAGAAGGGGGAACUGAGAAAACAUGUGGAGGGAAGCUUUAUAAACGUCACAGAAGCUCACUAUUGCAUUGCUAUAAUCCAGAAACCCCCGCAAUCUGACCCUCAGGCUUUUGCACAUGCUGAGCUAAGGGUGGGGAUUUGGUGGCCAGACUAUAAUGACUGUUCUUCUUUAAAGAAAACAGCAAAAAUGCAUUGUCAGAAUCGAUAAUAUUGGUGUCUUGUGGCCAAGAAUCUUUACCUGCUCCCAGAACCCAGCUGGAAGAGUGUAUCACAUCCACUUUGCAGUAACGCUUGCUGGAGGUGAAGGCCUAAGCGCCCCGUAGAGCAAGGGUCCCUGCUGUCUUGGUCUCCCAGGGGGAACCGUGAUCCUCCUCUACAAAUAGGACACUUCUCGUGUCCUCAUUAAGUCUUAUAUAACAAGUGGCCAUUUCCACAUUCAGAGGAUCCUCCACCCUGAAGUUGCUCAGCAUAUCUGGGAUUCUCCAGUGUUACCCCCAGCACUUGAGCUCUGGAUUCACUGGCUGGGGCUUUAGCGUCUGCACCAACUCAGUUGUUCCCAGGUCCUACAGCAGCUCCAGGGCCGGUUUGUGGCUUGUCUGUCAGCUUUCUGUAUAUGUGUCUCAUCCUUUUUGUUGGGCCAUUCUCCAUUGUCUUCAAGUUGACGGAAAAUCUCUGUCCAGCAUCUCCAGAUGUAAUUGCUCCUCCUCAUGGAGAACUAGAUGCAUCUUCUGAUAGGGAAUUUUGAUCACUAUUUUCCUCAAGGCCACGUAGUCUGUGAAUGAAUGAGUUUUGCUGGUUUCCUGAUUUAGAUGGUUUUGUGCUCCUGAGUCAUUUUUCAUAAAGAGUCCAUUUUCUUCACAAGUUCCUCCUGGGACUAUUCAGCCCAUUCUACUGGACAGAGACUGUGAGUUGUGUGCUCUGGUGCCUCCGAGCAGGACCCACAGAGCAGUGUCUUGUCGGCCUCACAGAAGAGCCCCUUCACCUCCAUGUGUGCCCCACAGAUCUGCUUCUCUGAGGUGUGGACCUGCCUGGCAAGGGAAACCAGCUUCUUGAGUAGGAAAUUGGUUUUGAAGUCUGCCUUCUCUGAUCUUUCCCUGCACUGGAGGGCAGCACACUGGGGUCUCCUCCCAGCAGAAGUGGAGGCCGGGCCGGCAAAAGUUGUGCCCACAGUCUAUGGUGAUGGAGUCUAUGAAGUAGUUCAUGCAUACGAUGGGCAGGUGAGUUCAUUCUGGAGGGCGUCCAAGGUGUCUGAAUCCAUGUUUCUCAAAAUUAAAUCCGAGUCGACUCUAACUGCUGGAAGCUCUGACAGAUCUGUUGAUAACCAUAUCAACAGGUUAGCAGUAACUCUUGGCUCUCCAAAGCCCCGCAGCCACUAGUUCAGUGGGUCUUUUCUGGAGAAGUCCUUGAGAAGGAGUAUGCUUUGUAUUUUUAUUCAUUUGUGCGCUCUUCUGUUUUAGAAGUCUGAAUCACCAUUGUUUUUAUGAUCUAAAUCCGGUUUAGAAAAAGAAAACUGUAUCUUAAUUGUUUAUCACUUUAGAAUAUCUGUUCUUAGCAUUAAAAAAUACAAAGAACUUUUGAUUGCCUGAGUGCUUUUUUUUUUUUUUUCCUUUCCCUCUGGUACUUUUUUCUUUAAAUCUAGGAGGGUGUCACACAUAAAUGCACCUUGCAGUUAUUCUUACAGUGUCA